AUGGAAAAACUGCUGAGACCCGAUCGUUUUGAAGCAGACCAAAAUUCACCCACAGCAGCCAAGGAGUGGUCUCAUUGGAAGAAAUUGUUCCAAAAUUAUAUUGCAGAGGCCAAACUAAAAGAGGAGGAUAAAUUAAAGGUACUCAUUAACUUUUUAAGCCACUCAGUGUAUGACCAUAUAAGCGACUGUAAAGAUUUCAGUGAUGCUAUUAAAAUUCUAGAUGGUAUUUAUAUAAAGCCUAAAAAUGAAAUAUUUGCCAGACAUCUAUUAGCCACAAAGAAACAACUGACAAGUGAAUCUAUUGACCAAUACUUGCAGUCUCUAAAGAUUUUAGCUAAGGAAUGUACAUUUAAAGCCGUUAGUCCCUCACAGUAUAAGGAUGAGUACAUAAGAGACGCAUUCAUUAAUGGUAUCAUGUCUAAUAGCAUCCGUCAACGUCUGUUAGAAAACGACGAACUAAGUCUAGAACGAGCAGUGAUGCAGUCACGAGCGCUAGAGAUGGCACAAAAGCAGUCUGAAGCCUACUCUAUGCCUGUAGAAUCUAUAAAUCAUGUAAAUACCGAAGCAGAAGACGAACAAUCUGAAUCAAUGAUCGCAGCCAUCCGACAAAAAUGUUUUUUUUGCGGGUAUGACCGGCAUCCGCGUAGCUCUUGUCCAGCUAGGGAAGCUGUGUGUAGGAAUUGUGAAAAGAAACACCCAUCUAUAGAAAAAGAAGCUUAUGCAAUUGUAGAGGCAUUAAGGAAAUGGAGACAUUUUUUAAUAGGGAGGCAGUUCAAACUUAUAACGGAUCAAGAAGCCGUAUCUUUUAUGUUUAACUUGAAACAUUCAAGUAAAAUUAAAAAUGAUAAAAUUAUUAGAUGGAGACUUGAGCUUUCUUGUUUUAGUUUUGACAUACAAUAUCGCCCAGGAAAGGAAAACACUGUUGCUGACACUUUCUCAAGAGUAUGCGCUGUUGUAAAUAACUCUAACAUGUUAUCUGAUUUACACAAAUCUCUAUGUCAUCCAGGUGUUACUAGAAUGUUCCACUGGAUCAAGAGUAAGAAUCUACCAUUUUCAAUUGAAGAUAUAAAGAAGUUGACCAGUAGCUGUAAUGUAUGUGCAGAAGUAAAACCAAGGUUCUACAAAAAACAAGAAGGUCAUCUUAUAAAAGCUACUUCACCAUUCGAGCGAUUGAAUAUUGAUUUCAAGGGACCGAUACCAUCUAAGACUGGAAAUAAUUAUAUCCUUACGAUCGUAGACGAGUUUUCACGCUUUCCUUUUGCCAUACCAUGCAGGGACCUGAGCUCAGCCACAGUGAUAAAGUGUCUGUCCUACCUAUUUUCUAUAUUUGGUAUGCCAGCAUAUAUUCAUUCAGAUCGAGGAGCAGCUUUUCUCUCUCAAGAGCUCACAACUUUCCUGUGUACCCGAGGCAUUGCCACUAGCCGUACAACGCCCUAUAAUCCCGCAGGGAAUGGUCAGGUCGAACGGUAUAACGGAAUUAUCUGGAAGACUGUCCAGUUGGCUAUAAAAACAAGAGGAUUGAAAUUAGAACAGUGGGAAGCUGUAAUAGCUGAUGCCUUACAUUCCAUUCGGUCUUUGCUGUGUACUGCUACCAAUUGUACACCACACGAACGAUUUUUCGCUCAUCCUCGGCGCUCUUCAAAUGGUGGAACACUUCCGUCAUGGCUCAGCUGCCCCGGGAAAGUCUUCAUAAAGAAACAUGUACGUGCUUCAAAGUACGAGCCAUUAGUGGAAGAAGUGGAUUUAGUCGAAGUAAAUCCUGAAUACGCUUUAGUACGCUAUGAAAAUGGUAGAGAGUCAAAUGUUUCGUUAAGAGAUCUAGCACCUGUGGGUGACAGAACAUUAUAUGAAGAACCUUCAGACAGAAUAGAUCCAAAAACAACACUUCAAGACACUCCAACCACAAGUGAGCCAAAGGAAGAGAUGAUUCAAACAGAUGCUAGUACAGAAGGAACAUCAAAUGAACUUGAUGGACCUCGGAGAACCACCAGAAAUAAAUCAACCCCUAAAUACUUAAAAGACUAUGUCACUAAUUAA